UAUUUUCCAGGCGGCUGCUGAUCAAAUCACCAGUUGUUUCUCUUCUUUUCUUUUCUUUUCUUUUUUUGAGUUACAGUGGAUGGUCUAUUCUUUACAUAGUCUUCAGUAUGUUUAGGAAACUCUACUUAGCAGUGACCACUGUUCUGUUUAUUUCUACUUUGAUACCGCGUACAGAGCAACCUAAAGUGAUUGGUUCAACAGUUAAAGCAGCAGUCGGUGAGGAUGUCAUCCUGCCAUGCCACCUGGAUCCCCCAUUUAACGUCACAAAUCUAACAGUAGAGUGGAAAUUCACUGGAAACUUAGUGCAUCUCUAUAGAAGUAGAGAAGAUGAUCUAACUGAUCAACACCUGAACUUCAAAAACAGAACGUCUCUCUUCAAAGAUGAAAUGGUUAAAGGAAACAUUUCAUUAAAACUGACCAAUGUCACAGAAAAUGAUGCAGGAAAUUACACCUGCAAUGUGCCCAAACUGGAAAGUCAGGUCAAACGUGACAUCGUUACCCUCACUGUUGUGAAAGGUGAAGAGAGGGUUGAUCCCAACCAACAGGUGGAGGUGGAGGAGGGGGUGGAGUCUGUCCAGCUGCCCUUCAGAACCACAGGUGACCUGCCUCAAGACGUCAGAGUGGAGUGGACGAACAACGACAACAGGAUGGUCCAUGUGUAUGAGAACGGCUCUGACCGACCUGAAGAACAGGACCAGGUUUACAGAGACCGAACAGAGAUGAAGAAAGACCUGCUGAGAACUGGAGACCUCAGUCUGACCCUGAAACACCCCAAAGUCACAGACACAGGAGAAUACAGA